UCUAGCAAUCAAUGAUCAAACACGCUUUGACAUCACCACUAUGCUCAAACAAGCCGAGACUGUGAAUCACUAAUUCGUGCAACCUUUGGCAAACAUAUAAAUAGAAAGUAUCACAACGACAUCAAGCAACAAAAAGGCGCCUGCUGACAACAAGCUCCUGAAUAUUCAAAACCCACAACCCAAGGCCUCUAAGGAGCGAUCAACGUACAAUGGCUUACGUGUUUGACGGAUACUCCGAAGCCAGCUCCGGUCGGAACACACCUCGCGGCCAGCAAGGCCCAGGCAGCGGAGGAGCGAGAGGACCUGGAGGUGGAGGUCAACAGCAGCGACGUUAUGGGAAUGGAGACAUCCCCGUCGGUGGCCUACCUGGAGGGAUCUACUACGGUACGGGUCGCUUUUACGAGGAGAAUCUGCGUAAUGAGCAACGACGGCGGCAACAGCAGCAGCAAGAACAAGAACAAGGACAUGAUCAACAGCGGCAUCGGCACGAUCCACAGUGGCAGCCAGAAGAGCAAGGUGAGCAGCAGCAGCAUCAACACGAUCAACAACAGCAGCAGCGACCGGGGUAUUCUGCUUUCGGUGGCUUCAGUCAUGCGAACGGCUGUGGACAUGAUAAUGAUCGUGUGAGAGAGGCUUCUGCUGCUGCGAGGGCGUUCCUUGGAACGCUACAGAGAGAGUACUGGCGGCGGAGACAGCAGGAGGCCGAUGCUGGAGGCGUUGGGUCCGGAUUGGGUCCUGGUGAUGGGCUUGGGGAGAUGGAUGGGGAUGACUUUGGGCCGACGGAGGAGAUUCGGUUUGAGGAUUUGUUUGGGGAUAUCUUUGGAAGCUUCGGUGGAGGCGGUGCUGCUGCGUUCGAUCCUCGUCCCGGCCCCGUUCCUGGCUCUGGGCCUGAUCAGGGCCGUACCGACGGGCCUGGUGGUCAAGGUGGUGGCAGGGGAGGAGGCAAUCCUGGCCCCGAACCAGCGGCUCCUGGACCCGGAAGAAACGGCGGCGGUGCAUUCCGGCCGGGAUACGGACCCCCGCCGGGUCACUAUGGAGGCGGAUGGUACGGCUACGGUUCCACGUUCGGGGAAGCGGCGCGUGCUCGACGGGGAGGGGCGGGACUGACCUUUGCUGAUCUCUUUGAGCUUUAUCAAAGCUGGCCUGGUCCGGAUAAUUCGUUUGGGGAUUAUGAAGAGUCGGGAAAUAUGCCUCGAGCGUAUUUUUGAGCAUUGGGGUUUUUGGAUCGUCAGUUGGAGUUGGAGGGUUUAUGACGAUUUAGGGGUAAAUAGAGAAUCGAGUACCAAGCAAGGUACUCAGGCCAGUAAAUAAUUAAGCGUUGACUAUUCCCAGAAGUACAAUGAUGCGAACUGACUAUGUCCCGGUGUGAUACUUGAAUUUGCUGGCAAUACAGGUGUGAUAAUGCACAGAAUACGAUCUCGAUCAUCUCAUUCGGGCCGCCGCCAAAGCGAACACCACUUUACGUGGAUUACAGACACUACGUG